CUCAUCAAUAGUAUGGAGCCACAGAUUGGCCGACCCUUACUGUAUGCAGCAACUGCUAGAGAUAUCUGGGAGGCAGCCAGGGAUCUGUACUCGAAGCGACAAAAAGCAUCUCGGUUGUACACGUUACACAAACAGGUCCAUGAGUGCAAACAAGGGACCAUGGAUGUUACUUUCUACUUUAAUAAAUUAUUUGUAUAUUGGCAAGAGAUGGACCUUUGCCGACAGAUUGUCUGGAACUGCGCACAAGAUGGGGCCCAGUACUUGAAACUUGAAGAGGCAGAUCAGGUGUAUGUGUUUUUGGCUGGAUUGAACCUAAAAUUUGACAAUGUUCGGAGUUGCAUAUUGGGUCAACGACCUACUCCUUCUCUCAGAGAAGUUUGUUCAGAGGUUCGACUGGAAGAGGAUCGAUCACAUGCUACGAACAAUCCUGUGACUGUUUCCACUAAUGCAUCAGCCUUUGUUACAAAGGCGUCCAGUUCCGACAGUGAUAAAAAGCCCACACCUGUUUGUGAGCAUUGUAAGAAGCCGUGGUAUACGAAGGACCAAUGUUGGAAGCUGCACGGCAGGCCCCCAAACAGUAGGAGACGACAGUCACAUGACAAAUCAAACUUUGGACGUGCACUCGUAAGUGACUACACAACAUCAGUCCUCAGCCGAUAAUAAGACCAAUUUGAGUGCUGUCGG